UUCUAUUUGACAUGAAAUAUAAAUGGUUGGUGGAUAUUUUGUUUUGAUAAAUAGUUUUCUUUGGAUUUACGGUAUGCGACUACAAAAUCGUAGGAUGCCCAGAAAUCAAUAAGAUUAUUUCUUCACAUCAGUUUAAAUAAUAUUAUUGAUACAAUUGGUAUAUAAGUUUCUGCAGUCUGCGGAGCCUUAAAAACUAUUACUGUGACUGGAUAUUGAGUAUUUAAAAUGACAGAUUCAGAAUCUCAGGAUGAAUAUUGAAGAGCGUAAUUGAUAAAAAGAAGUAAUAAAAAAGGUUACAAUGUUGGUGCAACUGAUAUUUGACAAUCUUUCAAGAGACUGUUUUGUUUUUGUUUAAAUUUCAAAUCAAGAACAUGAACAUGGAAACCUGUUGAAUUGCCCAAAACUGCUUUUAAAAAGUUUCAGUGAGAUAAAUAUGGACAUUCAGAAUGAAAAUUGGGUAGAAAACCAAACGAACCAGCAGGAUACAUCCCUUCAAUCUGCUAUCAGUUCUUUAGCGGUCGAGAACGACACUAAACACGUUUUAGGAAAUGUAAAAGUAUGCCUUGAAUAUUUAUCAACUUUCAGUAUAUCAGAAGUGGACACCACAUUGUUGAAACAGGUCUUGCUUGCAAUACAGAAAGGCUUACAAAAGAUUUAUGAUGAUAACUCUCUUCUUUCCGACACAUCCAAUGAUGACUUUGUCGUCAAUAUUCUGAAAGACAAUUUACAUAUGGCUUCAGAUUUUCUGCAAUUGAUGAGGGUUAUUUUUGAAUUCGUGCUUGAAAAUAACGAAGUUAGGCUGAGUAGCGUGAAGAAUACGACCUUCACCUCUGCACAAGUAAUUCUAUCUACUUUCGAUCAUUGCAAAAGCAGUUCUGAGGAUUACAAAGACACUUUCAGAGAGGAUCUUCUGGAGAUUUUUCAGAAAGCACAAGAGCUGCAUUUGUUAUUUCUGAAAAUGCUAGAGACCUGUGCAGCUAUAGAUCUAUCAGAAAAUAGCGAUGAAAUAUUAAUUUUAAAGCAAGUUUUAGAAACAAUAUGUGCCCUCAGUAUAGUUCUGUCAGACCUGAAUAUGAAAUCCUUGAUCACAAACUGGAAGGGAUAUAUAGCCAUUGCUCAAAAAUUUUCACAUGUUUUGAUUGACUACAUCGAUAUCAAACUGCCUAUCAACUGUCUGACAUCGGAAAUAGCAAGAACCCUUUCUUCCCUGCAUGAAAUGGAAUAUGAUGAUCCAAGAGUGGUGCAAGUGAUACGGAAAACAGGGUUUUUGGUAAAAGUUGUUCUGAAAAUUUGUGAUAUAUUUUGGGAUUGUAUGGAGAAAGUGUGUGAAACUGUCCUGGACUUCAAUUGCAUAGUUUACAGUAAACCUCCAGAGUACUUCGAGUCCUUUGGGUUUUCCGGAGAUAUUAUUUCAUUGAUAGAAAAUUCAAUUUUUACAUCCCUAGUGCCCUUUGUAUCAAGGCUGGUAGUAAAUGAUGCCUUCCUACAGGUGUUGUCUAAUCAAAACUUUCCAGCUGAUAAGUUUUCACUUGGACUCCUGAAUUUCCUGAACGAGUUUUUAAAAUGUGUGAUAAAAAAAGAAAAUGUUGACUGCCUGGAUCAUGUAAUAAGGCUGAUAUUUACAUCUACCAAAGAAUGCUUUGAAGAGUUUUCUUCACCUCUUUCCUCAGCCAGAAGUAUUUUCCAUAAUCUGGUAAUACAUACAGCCGCCUCUGUUAUAAACCAUGAUGGUUUUUAUGCUGGGACUGAACAAAUACUUUUAGAAAAUAUCCUUCAGGAAGAUGUCUGGUGUGCUAUGUUAGCCACCGAUGUUUGGUGCCUUCUUUUAGGAAAAUCGACGGAAACUUUCCGUCUCGAAACGUUUUUCAACCUGGUAAAAAUUUAUAAAGAAUUAGAUUUCGGUACAAACACGCACAGAUUGGAGAAAAUUUAUUUGAGAAAUUUCAUACGGAGGGUUUUCGGUUUUUUGCCGGAAAAUUCGAAGAAUGAAGCGAUAGAAAUUACCAGAAGGAAUGGUAUCAGUUUGUGGAAAAUUACGGGUUUUGAAAAUUUCCCUGCACAAAAGCGACAGCUAGUUGAAGAUGUAUGCACUUUGACUGUGGAGAAAAUCGGCCGCAUGGACAAGGAUGGUUUUGGAAUCGAGGAAUUUAGGAGUAUUGUAGAGAAUUUAGAAUCGUUAUCGUCCGCAAGUGUUCAAGAUAUGGGACCGAAUUCCAAGAAUCUGGUCGACGCCAUAGGCAUGUUCUGGGAAUCCAGCUAUGUCCUUUUGUCCAAUAAUGUAUUCAACUAUUUUAUCAGGGCACUCUGCAAAAUGACAAGAACGCUUAUCUCGGAAUUCGACAAUAGACAGUUAUUCACGAUCCUAAACCAGCUAAAAAUGUUCUCUGCCGAAGACGCUUUCAAGCUCUACGUAUGCGAAAUACUCUCCUCUCUGUCAGAGAAAAAUACCAACGAGUUCGGCCAAGACCAGUUCAAAAUAUUCUCUCUCAUGUCGGGUGUCCUCUAUCCUAAUCUCAUCACCUCCUCUAACAUCAUCAUAAAACAAAGUGCCCUGGAGCUCGUCGAAAAACUUGUCGCGAACGACAAAGAGGAUGUUGUUAGGGAGACGAUGAAUGCUUCUAGCGAGGUCAAAAUCGAGAUCGUCAACUAUUUACAAAAAGAGGUCGCUUCUAAAGCUGUCGACAGAGACUACUUCAGAUCGCUUGGUGAGUUGGAAUACACCCACCAGUGUGUCAAGUGGCAAUCCGGGAACAUUGUGCAAGUUUCUAAACGAUUCAAGUUGGAUGAGGUCCCCAAGGAAGUCAAAGGGAAGUCUGCCAAGGUUCUAAAACCCAAGGUGAGAGCAGCAGAGGGAAAACAACGCUGCCAGCAGAAAGAAGCUGCUGUUGAUGGAGCUGAUGAGGAUAAGACUGAUGUAAAUGAAGCUAUAGCUAGUAUAAAGAGUGAAGUUAAGUGUCUGAUGAAGGUUUUGAAGACGGAGAAGUUGACGCAGAAGAAUGUGUCCGAUUUGAAGCUGAUUUCUAAUCAGUUGUUGUCUCUCUUGUGAAAUUGUUGAAUAAAAAAUACACAAAUACUGUGAA